GCUUCAAAUGCAGAAUCCAGUGAAGAUACUCAUGAAAAGAAGUUGGACCUAUUGGAAUUCAAGAUUGAAAAAGAUCAAAAAUUACCUGAUUCUCAACUUAUAGUCAAAUUACCGUAUACUCAUCCCUCUUAUGAUCAAUUCAUUGCAAAAGUCGUCGAUAUUUCUUCAACGAUAGAUCCAUCAAUUCGAGAUGUAAAUAGGACGUUCUUAUCGUCGGCUGAUGGUUCCGGCACUAUUCGUAUUCAUACACUUCAACCGGGACACAAAUACAGCAUUUCCAUCGUCGGUCGCAAAGGUGAGAACUCGUCCGUUAUCAAAGAGGAGCUGGUUGUUAUGGAUCCACGAGUACCAGAAUUUACUACACAAAAUUCCGAUAUUACCAUGCAUAACAUCACCCUUAGAGCUGUCAAGAAUGAAAAAUUCCUUCAGGACUCUUUCCUGAUCGAAUAUCGACAACUGGAACCAGAGCAGAGCUAUCCCGUACUGGAGGUGCUUGAUAUUCCUGAACAGAAGAACCUUGAAGUUUACCUAGGAAAUCUGAACCCUGGUCGAGAUUAUUCUGUACAAGUGGUUGCAGUGAAAACGGGUCUAAAGAGUCGGCCAUGGUCAACGACACUUUCCACCAGUCAGUAA